UACUUUUGCAACCCUAAACACAUCACAAAAACAAUGGUAGUUUUUAAUCCGCAUCUGGCAACACUGCAACUGUCAAAGCGGUUAUACUCGACAGCCGAUAUUAUAGACUUAUUAUUUUGUCAAAACAAUUGUUUUUCACAAUAUGAGUGACGAUACCGACCAUUUAAUUUGUAGAUUAUGUUUAAAUAAUGAUAAUUUAAUUCCUUUAUUCGAUGGGACGACUGAAGAUAGUGAUUUUAGCGAUCUAUUGUAUCUUACAACCGGCAUUACAAUCCAACCAAACGACGGUCUACCACAAAAGAUAUGCGAAAAAUGUAAACUAGACGUAUAUUCGGCCAUAUAUUUACGAAACAGGAGCGAAGAGAGCGAGGCCAAAUUGCUGGAGGCAGGGUAUCAGAAAACUGGGACAGAAACCAUCACAAUUGACACUGGUAUCGAGACCGCCAACGAUGUGACGGAAACUAUCGACAAUUGUGACAAUAAUGAUGACAUGGUACCAUCAAAUAACAAUACAAACGAUGAAAAAUCUCAUUUCAAUAUAAAAAAUUGUGACAUAUUGCAAAAUAAUAUUAACAAAUAUGACGAAACUGCAAUAGGAAAUAAAAUGGAUGACAUAGAUUUGAACGACUAUGAAAUAGUGAACGGCUUUCCAGAACUAAAGGCUGACAAAAUCGACAAAUUAAUUGACAAUGUUGACAUGACAAGAUUACCUAUUGCUAUUGAGUUAAGAAAAGUUUCUAGUAAGGAGAAGAGGCAGCAGUAUUUAUCUAUGGUUGAGGGUCAAUUUGACCCCAAGGGUCCAAUAAAAUGUAAAGUCUGCAAGAGUAUUGUAAGAAACUGGAGCUGCUUUCUAAGUCACGCGAAAAAACAUAUUGGGUUCGAUUUUAUGUGUGAGUUCUGCGGCAAAAGCUUCAUAGGUUCCCAUCAACUGAAACGCCACUGCCGAUCCUACCACGGUAUGAAAAGAGAUAUAGCAUGCAAACACUGCGACUAUCUCGCUCUAGACAACGCUCAGAUGCGGCUGCACGUUAGAAGAAUGCACACGUUUGAGCGUCCGUUUGUAUGCGACGACUGUGGCGCCUCCUACCAUAGUAGACGGUGUCUCAUCCAACAUAUCGACUGCCAUCGCCCUGUCACUAUAGCACAGUGUGAAGAUUGCCCGAAAACGUUUAAGACGCCUCUACAGUUGACAAGACAUCGGUGGAGGUGUCACAGACGAAACUCGACCUUGAUUACAGAUUUAAAAUCUUGAACAUACCUU